AACCAGCCAGCCAGCCAGCUCGUUUAGCAUGAAUCAGUCUUGGGGUUUGUUUUGAUCGCGUCACACGUGUGCGGCAGUGGCUCUCGAAGCAGUCAACGUUCAGGCGUAUAGCGUGCGGGUCUGGUGCGCUUCAACGAGUCGUCUGUUAAGUUCAUUUUAUCCAAUUUAUGAAUGAGUCUCCUGAACAUGUGUGGAUGAUAUCUUGCUGAUCGAGCACUAGCUGGCUGCUGUUGUAGUUGUAAGAAGUGAUCGUGGGCAUCUAAACUAGUCCAGUCAGACUUCAAAAUUAACUCACCAGGUUGUUUUUUGAGCCUUCUGGUGCAAUUUAAGAAAAAAAAAGUAUCUACAAUCUUCAUGUUAGUGUCAAAAUUUACAGAACAAGUGUUCACGUGAGAUUCCAGUUACUAAAAGGGUGCAGAAGUUAGGCAUAAAAAACUAGGGAAUACGCCUAAAGGAUACCUCAACAAAUUCCAUAAAGAAACACGCCCUUCCAUCGGAUCCAAUUAAGUUCCAGGAUCAUCAUGAAUCGAUAUCUUUUGGGGACGAUUGUUCUGGUUGCCGUCUUCAAAACAGCGGCGGCAAUCGAGUGCUACGUGUGCAAUGCCACCGAUUCCAACAGCCCGUUCCAGUGCAGCGAAUGGUUCGAGCGAUUUGACACCCCGGACAUCAAGCCGCAGGACUGCUCCAACGUGUACGGCGCCAAGUACUGCAUCAAACACAUCGGACGCUUCGAAGCCGCCGGGAUUCUCUGCUAUCAGUGCUCGUCGGCCCAUUCGAUGUACUGUUCCGAUAUGCUGGUGGCCGAUGAGGCUUCGCCCUUCAAACCGGAACCGUGCGAUCACGUAUUCGAGGCUGCGUACUGCAUCAAAUCAACGGCUAUGCAUGGUGGUAUCGGAGCCAAACGAUACUGUUCGUCUCGGGAUCUGGGCAACUACUGCAACUAUGUGAGAAACCCCGGGGAUCAGAUCGAGUACCGGUCGUGUAUCUUCACCUGUGAUACUGAUGGAUGUAACGGUGCUUCUCGGAUGGGAGGAUCGUCCUGGACCUUGUUCCAACGGAUGUUACUCGGGGGACUGGGAUCCCUCGUGGUGGCUGCGAUAUUGCAACGAUGAGAUCCAUUUUUCAGCAGCGAUUCCGAUUGGUUGGUUGGAUAUUGUAGGGUAAUAGUUUCACAAAACAUUCCUCCUCAGAUUAGUUAUAGAGCUUAGUUUAGGUUGAACCGAAAGCUUUUUGUAUUAAAUUACAACUGUUCAACGAUUUUGUGCCGUCCAUAUACAUCUUACCUUUUAGUUAGACAAAAAGUGUUUUUUUUUCAGUACAUAAGAGCAGUUUUGAGUAAAAUAAACGACAAUAAU